UGUAUUGUUAUUUGAGCAUCUUUGCUUACGUGUCAUGUUUUCGUGUGUGCUCUCUGUGGGUGGCAUGCUUGCAGUGGUGGGACAUGACCUGCGGCCCGAAGAGACAUAUCUGCAACUCUGUGAUGCACUGAGCAUGUUAGAACAAACUGUCGAUUCCAUCUUCUCCGCAGUGAUUGACAGAGUUGAGUCUGAUCGCCAGCGUCUGCGCGGAAUCACAGAGCGUAUUAAAACGGCACAGGCCAAGAUUGAUGCGAUAUCGGGAAGCAAGAAGGCAAUAACGGUUUUUUCCAGUUCAAAGUACCCAGCAUCAUCACCGGGUGCUAGGGACUAUGUCCCAUUCCUUGUGGGACGAGGAGCAAAUGGCCGCAACGAGGGAGUAUGGAGAGAACAGUUGGCGGCCACGGAGCUCAGAUCUCCUCACAUGUUCAUGCACGAAAUGGAGGAUCAUUCAUUACCUCGAGGUGCAGAUGAAGCGAUGGAGCUGUUCAGAUUCUUUGCAGAGACUGCUUAUGAAGAAGCACCAGCGUUAAGAGCACCACCUGUAAGUCACACCGGCCCUUGAAUAUCCCUCCCUUCCUUUUUUCUUUUUUUUAUCCCUCCCCUCCUCAUAAUCCUUGUCCUCUUUAUUCUUCUUAUGCCCCCACCCC